AUGUCUGAAUCACAGCAUGGACCACCUGCGGAAGAAGUUGCCUUGAUCGCCCUUUUCAAGGUGUGGCAGAGGAAGAAUCAAGACACAGCGAGGUAUUUUGGCGUGGCAAUCGCUGGACUUAUGGCCGUGUUCAUCAUUGCUCACUGGUCACAUGAAAUCCUUCGAAGAUGGGCCGAAACCUCAAGCACGAUCCGAUCAACAUACCGAAUGUCAUCACUUAUUUCCCAAAGACUUGGUCGAGCAAAGGCGUUUGGGUCUUUCACAAUCUGGCCACUGCAGACACUACUUGUUCUGGUAUAUGUUGGCAUCAAUGUCACUCUGACAUUCUACGAUCGACCCGAUAAAGAGCCGUUGUUGACGAUACUUGCGAAGAGGUUCGGCUGGAUGUCACUCUGCAACAUGUGCCUGACAAUCUUCUUGGCGCUCAAAAACACGCCCCUUUCUCCAUUGGCCGGAUAUUCGUACGACAACCUCAAUAUACUGCAUCGAUGCAGCGGCUAUACGGUCAUUGUAUUUAUGAUUCUACAUGUCAUCACUUACGCUGUUGGUCUCGCUGACGCGGGCCAUCUUGAGAUUCUCGACAUGCCUCUCCAGCAUGCAGGCAUUGUUGCCAGUGUAGCAAUGGUCUGUAUGUUGUUGACCGCAAUCGGUCCGGUUCGGAGGCGCAUGUACGAGGCUUUCUACGCUUCACAUCAGCUACUUGCCGCGACGAGUCUCGUUGCUAUGGGCCUACACAGGCCGGAGAUCACGCUUAAGGCGUUGAUAAUUACCAUUGUAGCAGCCGCAUUAUGGUUCGCGGACAAGUCUCUGCAGCUCACACGAUGGCUAUAUCGCGGAAGGGGAAACUACUGCACAUUAGUGCCUCUAUCCGAUGGAGCAACUAAGGUGAUUUUGUACCGUGGCGUCAAAGCACGGCCUGGUUCUCACGCUUUCAUCUGGAUUCCCGGCGUGAGACUCUUUCAAAGACAUCCUUUCACCCUCGUGUCUGCGGACCCUGCCAUAUUCGUCGCCAAAGCACGCGAUGGCUUCUCUAGCAGCCUUCACGAGCAAGCAUAUCGAUACCCUGGCUUCAAAUUCCGAGCCUCGAUCGAGGGGCCAUAUGGACAGACCCCGGCCUUGCACAAGUACGACAAGAUUGUGCUUGUGGCAGGAGGUAGCGGCGCCACCUUCACUAUCGCUUUGGCUAUCCAGUGGGCGAGGAAGCGGCGAACACCAAAAGUUCGCCAAACUCUCGAUUUCAUCUGGAUUGUCAGACAUAAAGAAACACAGCAAUGGUUCGAGCACGAGCUCGCUGCAUUGCAAGCGAAUUCCAGAGUCAAUCUUACUCUGUUUGUCACAAGUCCCACGCAAGGUCGAACCCGAGGGAAGAGCUACGAGUCAAGCCUGUCGCAGCCAAUUUCAACAGCAGAUGAUGCAGAGAAAGGCUUGGAUUUCAAGAGCAUUUCGGUCGAGCCUUCCAUGUCAACGAGAUCGUCGGAUACGAUCCUGCGGCCGGUGACUGAGUACGGUCGGCCUGACAUCAAUUUAAUUCUGGGCAAGAGCGUGGAAGGUCUAGUCGAGAAUGACAAUGUGCUCGUCGCGGCUUGUGGCCCGGCUGGCAUGUUGACUGAUUUGCGAGGAGCCGCUAUAGAUGUACAGGCUGUUGCAGCGCCCAUGAUAGACGUGCAUUGCGAGGAGUUUUCUUACUGA